UGUGUCAGCCCAGGUGCUGCGUCCAGGCAGGAUCUCUGCUUUGACCAGGCUGCCGUCUUCAUCGAAGAUGCCAUCCAGUACCGCUCCAUUAACCACCGCAUGGACGCCAGGUCGAUGUGGCUUUACCGACUGUAUUACUCCAACACCUGCCAGUGGACGUUGAGCCUCACCAUCUUCUUGAUCCUGCUUUUGGCUUUUAUCGAGACCCCUUCCUCGCUCACUAGCACCGCGGACGUCCGCUUCCGCUCGGCCCCCUGGGACCCGCCCUGUGGCCUCACCGAGAGCGUCGAGGCGCUCUGCCUGCUGGUCUUUGUGGCUGACAUGUCUGUGAAGGUGAGCCGGGCGCCAUCAGCUCCCUGCGCGCUGGGGCCCGGGCAUCCUGAGGACACCGCCUCUCUGGUGCCGUGGGGUCGUCCUGGUGAGCCCCGGAGACCCUGGGCCGGCGGGGGCCGAGGCGCUUUGGCCCUCUCCCCCGACUGCGCCCUUCCCGCGCCCCUGCGCUCGGGCGCCCGAACCAGCGGGACCUGGUCUGGAGGUGGUGUCGGUGUGGAAGGCUCCGGCUCGGACGGCUCGUUAGCCGUGGCGCUGCUGUCGUCCCGCCUGCCGCUUCCGAGGGCCAGCGUGCUCCUCUUGGGGGUGCGACAGGUCGGGGUGGACCCCCAGGACUUCCUGCAGGUGCUCCAGAGAGUCCAGCUGGACAGCCACCAGAAACCGGUCAUCAUGGAGAAGGUGCGUUCCUACGGUGGCGACCUUCUGUCGGCCGAGGAGUUUCAGAAGCUCUUCAACGAGUUUGACAAAAGGGUGAUUAAAGAGCGCCCGCCGCGGCCCGAGUACCGGUCUCCCUUCCUGCGGAGCGCUCAGUUCCUCUUCAGCCACCGCUAUUUUGACUACCUGGGGAACCUCAUCGCCCUUGGGAACCUCGUGUCCAUUUCUGGCCAGCGCAGCGCUGAGCUGACCGCGAGGAGGACCUACAGGGAUGGGGACCCCAAGCCGGUCAGGAGGCGGGAGGACAUCCGUUCAGACCCGCACAGCCUGGCCCCCGACAACAGCUCGGCGCCCUGCGGAAGCUUCGAGCAGCUGGAGUACUGGGCCAACAACUUUGAUGACUUCGCGGCCGCCCUGAUCACUCUGUGGAACGUGAUGGUGGUGAACAACUGGCAGGUGUUUCUGGACGCCUAUCGGCGCUUCUCGGGCCCGUGGUCGAAGAUGUACUUCGUGUUGUGGUGGCUGGUGUCAUCUGUCAUCUGGGUCAACCUGUUUCUGGCUCUGAUUCUGGAGAAUUUCCUCCACAAGUGGGACCGCCGCGCUCACCUGCAGUCCCUUGCUGGGGACCCAGAUACGUGCUGUCAGGUGACUGUGGAUCUCCUGUUCAGGGACGUCCUGGAGGAACCCACGGAGGAGGAGCUGCUGGAGAGGCUGAGCUGUCACCCGCACUUGCGGCUGUGCAGGUGACCCCCAGGUGCGCCGUCCUGGCACGGGCGGCAGGUGGCCGUGUGGCCUCGAGACGGACGCCCGUCGAGGCAGCAGCCCAGGAGGAGAGACUUUGCGUGGCCGGAAUUCUCCACUCACGCGAGGCGGGAGCGGAGAGCAGGGCCCUGUUCGCUGCCCGGCGGAACCACCACCUACCAGCGGCUUUUCCUCGCGGCGCCUUGGGCUCCGCGCCCGGCCGCUUUCUUUGGUCGGCUGCUGCAGUGAGACUUUGACUUUUCUACACCCGGGUGGAGGGUGACUCCCCGGGACCUUUGAGACCGUCUGGAAAGCAGGAGGCAGUGGCCUUCCUCGUGGGCCCUGCGAUUUCCGUGGUGCCUUCGCUGCCAGUGGCCUUCAGGGACCACGGGCCCGCCUGGGGCCUGCACGGGCCAACCGGCAGCUUUCCAGGGCAUUCAGUUUGGGUGGUUUUAGAGGAAGAGAAUCUUAAGGGUUUUAUUGUUUUAUGGCUCCCAUGAGUAUUGAUUGGACGGAUUUCUUUACGGGUCAGAAUGCCCGUAGUUUUUAUCCUUGCGAAGAGUGAGGUCGUCAUUCUUAUGUGGACACAACUCCAAUCCUGCUUCUCUGGAGCAGGGUGGCCAGGUAAGGUUGUUUAGGUUGUGCACUGUAAACCUGGCUGCGAGGGUGUGUCCAGGCACUGGAAUGUCUCCCCAGGGUGACGGGUACCUUUUUCUAACUUGCAUAAAGGCAUGUGUAAGCCA